UCAGUAGCAUUCCAACUGUCAAAGCAAGCGAAACAUUCGGGCCAAGAAAAAUGUAUCUGCAAGUGUGAGGCGCGGAUACGCGUGUGUGUGUAUGUGUAUGUGAAGAGUAGUAGCAGCAAGUGAAGAAGUCUAGAAAAUAAACAAAAUAUCAAAAAAUUGCGGCAAAGUAUAUACUAAAAGUUGAAAAAAAUAUUAAAACAAGAUACAGCCGCCGAGUAGUUUAGUGCAAAGCGCCAGCUAAAGUGUUAAGAUGCAAUCUGCGGCGUCCCCGCGUUGGUGUUGGCGCUAUCUGCGUCUGAGUUGUUGCCUCGCCGUGCUCAGCGCACUGCUACAGCACACGCUGGCGCUGCCCGAUGUCAUCAAAAUCGGUGGCCUAUUUCAUCCGACCGACGACACACAGGAGUUGGCCUUUCGUCAAGCUGUCGAGCACAUCAACUCGGAUCGAUUAAUAUUGCCGCGCUCCAAGUUGGUGGCACAAAUUGAGCGCAUCUCGCCGUUUGAUAGCUUCCAUGCGGGCAAAAGGGUUUGCGGCUUGUUGAACGUUGGCGUGGCAGCCAUAUUCGGGCCACAAUCCUCGAACACCGCGAGCCAUGUGCAAAGCAUCUGCGACAAUAUGGAGAUUCCUCACUUGGAGAACCGUUGGGAUUACCGUUUGCGACGUGAAAGCUGCCUGGUGAACUUGUAUCCACAUCCAAACACACUGGCCAAGGCUUAUGUGGAUAUCGUGAAGCAAUGGGAAUGGAAGACUUUCACCAUUAUCUAUGAGAACAAUGACGGCAUUGUACGGCUACAGGAGUUAAUCAAGGCGCAUGAUAACUCACCGUAUCCGAUUACAGUGCGACAAUUGAGUUUAUCGGGGGAUUAUAGACCACUGCUGAAACAAAUCAAAAACUCCGCCGAAGCGCACAUCGUACUCGACUGUUCCAGCGAUAAAAUUUACGAAGUACUCAAGCAGGCACAACAAAUUGGCAUGAUGAGCGACUAUCACAGUUACUUGAUUACCUCACUGGAUUUGCAUACCAUCAACCUAGACGAAUUCCGUUAUGGUGGCACGAAUAUAACCGGCUUUCGUCUGAUUAACGAAAAAGUCGUCUCGGAUGUGGUGCGUCAGUGGAGUUUCGACGACAAGGGCUUACAACGCUCUGCCAAUUUGAGUACGGUGAGGGCGGAGACUGCGCUAAUGUACGAUGCGGUACAUCUUUUCGCAAAAGCAUUACAUGAUUUGGAUACAUCGCAACAAAUCGAUAUACAUCCCAUUAGUUGUGAUGGUCAAAAUACGUGGCAGCAUGGUUUUAGUUUGAUCAAUUAUAUGAAGAUCGUCGAAAUGAAGGGUCUAACCAAUGUGAUAAAAUUUGAUCAUCAAGGCUUUCGCACCGAUUUCGUGUUGGACAUUAUCGAAUUGGGGCCGAUGGGUAUACGCAAAAUUGGCACAUGGAAUUCAACACUGCCGGACGGUAUCAACUUUACGCGUACCUACAGCCAAAAACAGCGCGAAAUUGAAGCGAACUUGAAGAACAAAACGCUGACGGUCACAACAUUAUUGAGCAAUCCGUACUGCAUGCGCAAAGAGUCAGCAGUUCCACUCACAGGCAACGAUCAGUUUGAAGGUUACGUUGUUGAUCUCAUACAUGAAAUCUCGAAGGCUCUGGGUUUCCAUUACAAAAUACAGUUAGUGCCUGAUGGCAGCUAUGGCAGUUUCAACAAACAAACUCUCGAAUGGAACGGCAUGAUACGCGAGCUGUUGGAGCAACGCGCCGAUCUUGCGGUGGCUGAUCUCACCAUCACCUUUGAGCGCGAACAAGCAGUAGACUUCACCAUGCCCUUCAUGAACUUGGGUGUUUCGGUGCUUUAUCGCAAACCCGUUAAGCAACCGCCUAACUUAUUUUCAUUUCUCUCACCACUUUCGCUCGACGUUUGGAUCUACAUGGCCACAGCAUAUUUGGGCGUUUCUGUGCUGCUCUUCAUUUUAGCACGCUUCACACCUUACGAAUGGCCCGCAUAUUCUGAUGCUCAUGGCGAGAAAAUAGAAAGUCAAUUCACACUAAUGAAUUGUAUGUGGUUCGCAAUCGGUUCAUUAAUGCAGCAAGGUUGCGACUUCUUGCCCAAAGCUUUAUCAACGCGAAUGGUGGCUGGCAUAUGGUGGUUUUUUACUUUGAUCAUGAUCUCCUCGUACACAGCUAACUUGGCGGCUUUUCUCACUGUCGAACGCAUGGAUUCGCCUAUUGAAAGCGCUGAGGAUCUGGCAAAGCAGACGCGUAUAAAAUAUGGCGCUUUAAAGGGUGGCAGUACGGCAGCGUUUUUCAGAGAAUCGAAAAUAUCAACCUAUCAGCGCAUGUGGUCAUUCAUGGAGUCCGCACGACCAUCUGUAUUUACCUCGACUAACGCCGAGGGCGUGGAGCGCGUAGCCAAGGGCAAAGGUAUGUUAAAAAAAGGAACCAUAAAUUUUGGUAUUAUUAUUCAGAAAAUAUAUCGUCUUGCAGGCUCAUAUGCUUUCCUCAUGGAAUCCACAUCCAUCGAAUAUGUGACCGAACGUAACUGUGAGCUGACACAAGUCGGCGGCAUGUUGGACACCAAGGGUUAUGGCAUAGCAGCGCCACCGAAUUCACCUUAUCGCACCGCCAUCAAUGGCGUCAUACUUAAGCUGCAGGAGGAGGGCAAACUGCACAUACUGAAAACCAAAUGGUGGAAGGAGAAGCGUGGCGGUGGCAGUUGUCGCGUUGAGACAUCGAAAUCCUCAUCGGCCGCAAAUGAGUUGGGUCUGGCGAAUGUGGGCGGUGUGUUCGUCGUGCUAAUGGGCGGUAUGGGUGUGGCAUGUGUUAUUGCCGUCUGUGAAUUUGUGUGGAAAUCGCGAAAGGUUGCCGUCGAAGAGCGGUUAAGUGCGAUUUUGCACGAAUGAGACUAAAAGCAGGAUGUGUGGGUUUAGGCUAACCAUUGAAAGGAUCAGCGAAAAUUAUCGUGGCAUUAGAAAGGUUUGAGAUAGCAUAAAUCUAGCGAUCUAGAAUGAAGGAAUUAAUCAGAAACGAUGUUUGAAGCGUGUCGAAGGUUUAUAUAAUUUGAGCAUUAAGUCUUCUUCGAACAUAUUAGCGUUAAUUUAAUUGAGGUUAGUUAUAAUUUAGCAAAACAUAAAUACAUAACAGAUAGACAUACAUUUAGAUAUAUAAAAUUUAAAAUAGUAUCAAAUAUUUUAUAAGCGCAUACCAUAUGAGUAUCUAGAUUAGUGCUAGAAUUAUCGUAAUACACACACACAUAUAUGCUGUAUACAUACAAACACAGCGCAUAAUAUAUUUACGUUUAGAUAAUAUUCAUAGCGAUAAGUUAAUAUGCAUUUAACACUAACAAAAAAUAAUCAUAUUGGAAUUGUGCUGUAUCAUAAGCAAAAUGCUAAACUUGUACACUUAGCUUAUGCUAAUUUGAUUACUUCAAUUAAAAUACAGUUAUCUAUUACAUUAAUUAGCUGUAACUAGCCAAAGCGCAUCAAAACACUCUAUUAAAUACGCACAAAGUUCUCCUUGACCCAAAAUCUGCUUAUAAUCCUCGUAUAUAGUUCGAAUAAGCAUCAUACAUCUACACUAACAAUGCUUGAUAACUUCCUAAAACACUAAAAAACUAUGCUUACAACUGUAAUAAACCCUAUAUGUAUAAAUAUAUGCAUAGACGCAUGACUACAUACAUACAUACACAUAUAUAGUUUAUACCAAUGUACGUUUAUCCUCCAUCGAGCCAAUUUAGUGAAUUAUAAACGAAAGUCUUAGUCGUAAGCGAUUUAAUUAUAACAAUGUAACCACAUAGAAAUUAGUAAUAAAUAAUAAACGAAAUGAGAAAAACUUACAGACAUGCAUACAGACCACAUAAUCGUACAUUCAUACCGUUAUAUGUAUACUAUACAUAAACAUAUUGGAACGAAAGACAAAGCUCAACGACUGCACAAAUGCAUAAGUGCAUGCAUACACCGAUAAUACAUAUGUAUGUAUUUUCUAAACACAAAAUAAAGAACCCAACACAAAAAAAUAUAAUUCAGUAAAAUAAAAUCACAUUUUUAAAAAUA